AUGCCACUAUGGGACCAAAUCUACCACGAGCAGCAAUUGUUGGGAGAGGGCACCAACAUUUUAUCAGACGAUAGAGGAUCGCUUGAAGUUUUACAACUCGAGUCGGAAUCCAUAGCUCAGAUCAGCGUAUUCGGCUUUGCGAUGCCGAAGGAUAACAGCAUCAUGUUGCUUGGUAUCUUCAGGAAGAUUUGGGCACUGAGACGAAUCCGUGAUCCCUUUUAUCGAAGUUUUGUUAACGGCAAUCGAUAA